AUGGGCAAGAUUGAUGCAUUCUACAUUCCUCCUCCUAUUCCUCCUCCUGGAUAUGGGUACGAUCCUGUUCCACCAGUACCAUACGGAUUACUGAUACCACCAAUACCACCGGUGGUUCUACCGAUUCCAGUACCUGUGCCAGUCCCGGCGCCCAGUUACGAUUAUGGAUAUGGUUUUGCACGAAAGAGAGAAGCUGGAUUUGCGGAGAAAAGUGGAGACUUAGAAAAAGUCAAAAUGCCCGAAUCAACAUCUUGA